GCCGGGGAGCGGCAGCGGCGGCAUGUGAGCGCGGGCCGCGGCCGGCAGCGCGGCGAUGGGGCAGCAGGUGGGCCGCGUCGGGGAGCCGGGCGCCGGGCUCCAGCACCAGCCGCCGCCUCAGCACCAGCAGCAGCCGCGGGGACUGCGGGGAAGCAGCGCGGCCAGGCCGGCGGGCCGCCGGCGGGAGGCGGCCGGGCGCACCACCGAGGGAGGCUUCAAUAUCUUCACCCAGCACGAAGCUCUGCACCGCCCUUACGGUUGUGAUGUUGAACCCCAGGCACUGAAUGAAGCCAUCAGAUGGAGCUCCAAGGAGAACCUGCUCGGAGCCACUGAGAGCGAUCCCAAUCUCUUUGUUGCACUUUACGAUUUUGUAGCAAGCGGUGACAACACGCUCAGCAUCACCAAAGGCGAGAAGUUGAGAGUCCUGGGUUACAACCAGAAUGGUGAAUGGAGUGAGGUACGUUCAAAGAAUGGGCAAGGCUGGGUGCCAAGCAACUACAUCACACCAGUGAACAGCCUGGAAAAGCAUUCAUGGUACCAUGGGCCCGUGUCCCGCAGUGCAGCAGAGUAUCUGUUGAGCAGUCUCAUCAAUGGCAGCUUCCUGGUUCGGGAAAGCGAGAGCAGCCCAGGGCAGUUGUCCAUCUCGCUCAGGUACGAGGGACGUGUUUACCACUACAGGAUCAACACCACCUCAGAUGGAAAGGUAUAUGUGACAGCAGAAAGCCGUUUCAGCACGCUAGCAGAGCUAGUGCACCAUCACUCAACAGUAGCAGAUGGACUGGUGACAACUUUGCAUUACCCAGCACCCAAGUGCAAUAAGCCCACUGUCUAUGGAGUGUCCCCCAUCCAUGACAAGUGGGAGAUGGAGCGAACUGACAUCACCAUGAAGCACAAACUUGGGGGAGGGCAGUAUGGCGAGGUGUAUGUUGGUGUCUGGAAGAGAUACAAUCUCACAGUUGCUGUGAAAACAUUAAAGGAAGAUACCAUGGAGGUGGAAGAGUUCUUGAAAGAAGCUGCUGUGAUGAAAGAGAUCAAGCACCCAAAUCUAGUGCAGUUGUUAGGCGUGUGUACCCUGGAGCCACCCUUCUACAUUGUGACAGAAUACAUGCCCUAUGGGAACCUGCUAGACUAUUUACGGGAAUGCAGCCGCGAGGAAGUGAGUGCUGUUGUGCUGCUCUACAUGGCCACUCAGAUCUCCUCUGCAAUGGAGUACCUGGAGAAGAAAAACUUCAUUCACAGGGACCUGGCAGCACGGAACUGCUUAGUUGGAGAAAAUCAUGUGGUGAAGGUGGCUGACUUUGGCUUAAGUCGACUUAUGACUGGAGAUACUUACACAGCUCAUGCUGGAGCCAAGUUCCCAAUCAAAUGGACGGCUCCUGAGAGCCUGGCCUAUAACACCUUUUCAAUCAAAUCAGAUGUCUGGGCCUUUGGGGUGCUGUUAUGGGAAAUUGCUACCUAUGGGAUGUCACCAUACCCAGGCAUCGACCUCUCUCAGGUGUAUGAUCUGCUGGAAAAGGGCUAUCGGAUGGAACAACCGGAAGGCUGCCCUCCAAAGGUCUACGAACUGAUGAGGGCAUGUUGGAAGUGGAACCCACCAGACCGACCAUCCUUUGCUGAGAUCCACCAGGCCUUUGAAACCAUGUUCCACGACUCGAGCAUCUCAGAGGAGGUAGCAGAGGAGCUUGGAAGAACAGCCUCUUCCUCCUCCAUAGUCCCUUACUUGCCCCGGUUACCCAUGCUUCCCUCCAAGACCAGAACACUGAAGAAACAGGCAGAGAACAAGGAGAAUAUCGAAGGAACACAAGAUACCGUGGAGCACUCGGCCUCCAGCUCAGCACCAGGUUUUAUCAGAAGCACACAGCCAACAAGCGGGUCCCCGGCCCUGCCUCGCAAGCAGAGGGACAAGUCACCCAGCAGCCUGUUGGAGGAUGCCAAAGAGACCACUUUCACCAGGGACAGGAAAGGGGGCUUCUUCAGCUCCUUUAUGAAGAAGAGGAACGCUCCCACGCCCCCCAAGCGUAGCAGUUCCUUCCGGGAGAUGGAGAAUCAGCCCCAUAAGAAAUACGAGCUGACGGGUAACUUUUCCCCUGUUGCUUCCUUGCAGCAUGUGGAUGGGUUCUCUUUCCCUCCCACGCAGCAGGACACGAGCCUGGUGCCACCCAAGUGCUAUGGAGGGGGCUUUGUGCAGAGGACCUUCUACAACGAUGAUGGCACUGGUACCAGCGGUGGGGGCGUAAGCACUGGUGGCGGGUGGUCGGGCAUCACUGGUUUCUUUACGCCACGCUUGAUUAAAAAGACACUGGGUUUACGAGCAGGAAAACCCCCUGGCAAUGAAGAAGCUUCAAAGCCUUUUCCAAGGUCAAACUCUACAUCUUCCAUGUCCUCAGGGCUUCCAGAGCAGGAUAGGAUGGCAAUGACCCUUCCCAGAAAUUCCCAGAGGUCAAAAAUCCAGCUGGAACGGACAGUGUCCACCUCCUCUCAGCCCGAUGAGAGCACGGGGAGGGCCAAUGACCUGCUUCCCAAAAGGUCUGAAGAAGGCCCUGCUUUGACCAGAGAGAGACCAAAAGCAAAACUCUUGCCAAGGGGUGCCACAGCACUCCCUUUCCGAACCCCCUCUGGAUCAGAAGAAAAGGAGGGGCCAGGGCUAGCAGCAGCUCCUAAGGGCAAAGAAAAAAACAGUGGCCCACGGCAAGGGACCCUUGAGGAUGGUGAGAGACCGGGGUGGUCAUCUCCAGUAAAGGCUGCAGCAAUACUUCCAACCACUCAUAACCACAAAGUGCCAGUCCUAAUCUCACCCACUCUAAAACACACUCCAGCAGACGUGCAGCUCAUUGGCACAGACUCUCAGGGUAAUAAAUUUAAGCUCUUAUCUGAGCAUCAGGUCACUUCUUCCGGCGACAGGGACCGGCCCAGACGGGUAAAACCAAAGUGUGCUCCACCUCCACCACCAGUGAUGAGGCUCCUGCCACAGCCCGCUGCCUGCUCUGAUGCAGCAGAAGAGCUGAGCAACGCGACGGGAGCGCAGCACGGACUGGAAUCGAGUGAAGGGAGUAAGAAGGCAGCAGCAGCAGCACCUGUUGGUGGAAAAUCUGGGAGGCCCGCGAUGCCUCCACCUCAAGUGCCUCUGUCAUCGUCUUCCACCUCCCCGGUGAAAAUGGCCAAUGGCACGGCCGGCGCAAAAGUCGCGCUGCGAAAGACCAAACAGGCAGCUGAGAAAAUCUCCGCUGACAAGAUCAGCAAAGAGGCGCUGCUGGAGUGUGCGGAUCUGCUCUCCAGCGCCAUCGCCGAGCCCACCCCCAACAGCCAGCUGGUGGACACGGGCCACCAGCUCUUGGAUUACUGCUCAGGCUACGUGGACUGCAUCCCGCACACGCGCAACAAAUUUGCCUUCCGGGAAGCUGUGAGCAAACUGGAACUCAGCCUGCAGGAGCUGCAGGUGUCCUCAACGGCUGCUGGCGUCCCUGGGGCAAACCCCGUCCUUAAUAACUUAUUGUCAUGUGUCCAAGAAAUCAGCGAUGUGGUGCAAAGGUAGCUACUGGCGAGCUGGGUAAGAGAAACACAACGUGGGAGGUUGGGGGGGACGACACUUUUCUUUCUGUACUGAUGCUUUCAAUAGGAAAGACUGAUACUUGAGUAUGUGAAGUACCUCAGAUCACUGAGUUCUCCUCACGUUUACAGGUUCAUCUCAAAAACAAAAAGACAAAACAAAAGGGGAUGGAGAGGGUAGAUUAAAGCUGUAAGGGGCAGAACGUCAAGUGUUUGUCCAUACCUGGUCAGGUCGGUGUGCUUGCUGUGGCAAGGGAAGGGUAUCUCUCACCCCUUGGAGUGAGUGCCUCUCCUGCCUUGGAGAGGCAGGCGAAUCGAUGGCAGGUUCUCGCUGCGGGAGGGACGGUGUGAUGCGUGGUAGCUGGAGUACGGGGGGUAGCUGCAGCCCCUCGGCCCUGCACAUCCUCCCCUCUCUGCACUGCUGCCUGGUUUGGCCUCCUGAGAAGGCAGAGAGGGGCUGGGGCUCCUUGGGUAGCACCAGCUGAGCAGCCUGAGCAGGAGGAGCUCUGAAGGGGUAGGGCGCGUGCGGCUGGUGGAAAGGUCUAAUGCACUGAUGGUGUCCAGAGCUGCUGGAGGUGGAUGCACUAGCCCCCAUGGCUUUACUUCCAUGGCACUCUUGCUGCUGUAACGAGAACUGCAAAAUGAGUUAAUAUAUGAAAGUCUCCCUUUUCCUUCCUGUCCACUUCAUCCGCCUCAUAUUCUCAUCGUCCUUGCAUCAGAAGAAUCAGGGCUGCUGAGCAGACAUACCACUGGAACUCUCCCCUUCCCCACCACACAGCCUUCCCUCCCUUGAUACCUAUUUCUGGUGGUCUAGGACAGGUGCUGCUUGAUGGUCUUUUGUGAGUAGCUCUUUCACAACUUGCCAGUGUUGUUAUUGGAGUGGGUGGGUUGGCUUAGGUUUGUUUUUUUUGUUAUAAGCUCUAGGUUGUUUUUAACUUGUUACCAGGUUGACUCCCCCAUUCAGUUUCACCACCUUGAGGAGCCAUAGUGGAGGGUAACCAGCCCUGGCUGAGGUCCACAUUCCUUUAGCAGCCACAGCCCUGUGGAGCCAGCUGGAGAGCCAGCAAGUGAGGUUGGCCAGCCCCUCACACGCUCUGGCUGCUGUGGGGCUCCCAGGACCUGUCCCCAUGCUUGACGUAACACCUCACGCCAACAGUUCCCUGGGAUGUGUUGUGGUGCUUAAUGGCUCUCGCCAGCUUUUGGCUUCUCUGCAGGUGAAGGCGACAUGAUACGUCAGCACACAGGGGACCCACAGCCUGCUGCUGUUAUUUGAUGCUGUAUUUUAAAAGCUAGGCCAGGAUGUCCUGCUGUGGCGUGGGGAACACACACAUACACCAUACAUCCCCUGCCCAAGACGCGAUGGCAAGCGCUGCGGCUCGGCCACAGAGAGCUCCCACCAGGGUAUGGGCUCUGCUGCCCAACACCUACUGACAAUCCUCAAGCAAAAGCAGUUGUGUAGUUGGAGUUGUCUCCCUUGGUCCUAGUGCUGGUUGCAGACUGGUGUGGCCUCCAAAAGCUGGUGUGCUGCAUUUGCACACAGCUCCCCAAGCUGUAACUGUUCUGGCAGGUAGGAAAACUUCCACUGACAGUUGGUUUGUGAGAGGAAGCAAACAGGCCUGAUACCUGGCUCCAAGUACACUUUACCCUGCAUGCUGCUGCUCACCUCACACUGUUGGUGAUGACAGAGGAUCUCGCUUGCUUUGCACCUUAUUUUUGGCUAAAAUGCUUUUUUUUAAAACUUGUUUUUAAAGUGUGACUGUGCUGGUUUUAGUUUGAGCAUUUAGAGUUGAGCUGGGGCACAAGUGUGAAUUUAGAAGAUGGGCACUUCCCUUUCCCUCUAGAAGCACUGCCCUGUUGGUGCGUGGGAGCGGGCUGGGCUGUCUCGCUGCAUGUCCCUGUUUUUGCCAGGGGCCACAGUGAGACAGGGGCCUGAAGAACCUUUAGAAGUGGGCUGGUGUCUGAGAAUGCUCCUUUUCUUACUGGUCUGUGGUAAACCAAGUUGUGUCACGAUGCAUGAAUGCACAGCAGUGGAGCAGCACAUGAGGUAGAAUUGACCAUGUGAGCGUCACUGGCCAAGUGAGUGAAAAGGUGAAAAGCAACCCCAAGUGACAGGCAUUAAAGUGGAAUUAGCGAUUUCUCCAAGUCAGCUUUGCUCUGGUGAGCUGGCACCUGAGUGGACACAAAUCAAAGUACAGCCUAGGUUACUCCUCCUGAUGAAACAGGAGGGUCUGCAGCUGGGUCUGGCUGUCCUGCAGCCCCCAGGCUGGGGGAGGCUAUGCCGGGGGCAGAGCCCCAGACCACUAUCACGUAGACUUUGCUGAGGGCUUUGGUGAUUUACCUUAUCUCUUUCAGUCAUCUUUACUGAAGCUGCACGCCAAACUGCCUGCCUUUGGAGAGUUGCACAGGGAAGGCGGCUGUGGGAUUGCUUCACAUGGCCUGUCAAACAAUUCAGAGGAUUUAGGAGGUAUGGAGCUUUGUUUGGGGCAGAAGGGCAGGUCUGGCAGACAAUCGUGUGGUUUCAUCACUCUGCUGCUGCUCAGCCUAGGACAAACAGACUGAAACUGAAGGGAUUCUCAGGGGAAAGAUGUUUCAACCAGAAAACCUCAAGGCUGUUAGUCUGGUUCUAAUGAGUAUUUUGAAAGAAGCCUUUUUUUUUCCUCCCUGAAUGCCAGUCUUCCAGAAAAGCUCCAGCAAAAGUGACAGAAUAGCAAACAAUCCCUGGAAUUUGGAACUACUGCAGCUCCCCUCCUCCAGCCCUUUCUGAAGAAACCAACAGUGCCCCAUGGAAGGACUGGUUACCUUCCCCUGGCCAUCCCCACUUCCUUGUAGAUAGCACCUGCUGUCUCCUCAGCCAUGACAUAGGCGAUGGGCAGCAGCGUGGCCAGGGCAGGCGGCUGCUUCCAAAGUCGUAGGGCAGCUGAGGCUGGGAGGGACCCUGGGACGUCUCUGCUCUCACCCAGAGCCUCCUCCAGACACCUUUUGAGUAUCUCCAAGGAUGGAGACUCCACAGUCUCUGUGGGCAACACAGAAGGCAAUCCAGUUCUGGCCCCUCCUGUGGCAGAAACAGGAAUUUGGGGAUUUGCCUGUCAUUGCUACUACAGAGAAUGUUUUCUUUGCUCUUACCUGUUGUCUUACAUCAAGUAGGUAGAUGGUGGUACAGGUAGUGCUGGCUUGGCAUGAGUAGCUUUUCCCCUCAACAGGAGGCUGCAGAAUUGCUGCUGCUUCUUGCUGCCCAGCAAUGUUUUACUCCUAAACUGGAAUUUUCCGCUGCCCUGGCAGGGUGGUAAAAAAGUUUGAUCUGGGAAGGCUGGUUCUGCUGUAUAUCACCAUUCCCGUUUUCUUCCUUCCACAGUUGCUUUCCUCAAACUGUCACCUUCCCCUUUCCCAGGUUUGGCUUUCUGUUCAGCCUUAAGGGUCUCUACUGUAGCAGCUUCCAGCCUUGCUCAGUACAUUCAAAGUAACACAAGGGUGGGGAAGUGUCGUUAUCCGUCCUAUUGCUGCUCCACUCCUCAGGGCAGGGAACGCAGCAGAAGGUCCUGCUGUGCCCCCUCCCCUCCCCCUGGCGACAGGCCGGCUGGGCUGAGGAGGCAGCUGCAGCUGGGCUCUCUCACUUGCACUAGUACUGGCUAGAAUUUGGGACGGUCUUUGCAAAGGGAGAUGGCAUCUCGCAGGGCUUGGUCAGGCCAAGCACACACCACGUGCUCACAGGAGCGGCUGGGAAUGGGGCACUGGCUCCUCCGAGCUGCUCUGGGCGAGUGGCCCAUGCACAGGUGCAAUCCUCUCUUCUCCCUGCACUGCACACCCUCUCACCCCAGCAGUGGUGGCAGCACUUCCAUUUAACCGUAUUCUCCAUUACUGUGGGCAGGGGUGAAGCUGAAUUAAGGGUCUGGGUGUUGAAGCUGCAUCAGAUGUGGCUGCAGGGAAAGCGGAAUGGAAGGGAGCAGCAGGGAAGGGCAGCUGGCUGCUCCAGUCAGCCUCACACAGCACUGCUGAGCACCAUGACCUGGUGGCAGCAAGACACACACACACGGGUGGUCUGAGGGGUGUGCUCAUGCAGGAUUUCAAGGCCCAGGGCUCCCUGCAGGCAGCAGGAACAGAAACAGCUGCACCAAAACUGUGGGGUAAGAGAGCAGAGCAGCUGCUCCCAAAGAGGCAGCAGGGCUGUGAGCGGUGCUGGGGUUGUGUUCCUGUCCUCUGCAGUGCAGAGCCCUGCAGUGGGGGUAAGGAUCAGAAGCAGUGGGAGGCCCAGGGAAAUGCCUCCAGGGUAAAGAUCCAUCUGUACCAGAGCAGGUGAGCUCCCCAACAGCUCUGCACGGGGUUGAUGUGGGUAGGGAACUCACGAGGCAGGAAGGGAUGGAAACGAAACACAUUAAUCACCAAUCACUCUACCAGUGUUGUCAACUGUUUUUUCGUUUUUAAUUGUUACUGUAAUAUAUUUUGGUUGUUUUUCUAAUUUAAUUCUCUCACUAUCGUCUGACUGUGAACUGCAAACAGUGUUAAACUUGAUGUAAAUAAGGCCCUGGGAGGGGCCUCUCUGCCUGUCGUUCCACAAAGUUUUGCCAAUUUGCAUUUUGUUUUAAAUAAAGGUUGCAAUAUUUUAUUGGCAAAAAAAACCCCAACCAA